GGCGGAUGCAACCGGUCAGCUGUGUUGUAUUACCGGGCUUCCUGGUUCGCUAAUGAAACCGAAGUGUUUUUCGUCUAUGAAAUAAUCGUAAAGGCAGGGCUGCUCUCUCACGCAACAAGGUAGUUUAGCAGCAGACAGGAUCCGGCACAACCGCGGCUACGAACAUGAACACGGAGAAGGACUUUUCGCCGCUGACGCCCAACAUCGUGAGGGCUCUGAAUGAUAAACUCUACGAGAAGAGGAAAGUCGCGGCUUUGGAAAUCGAGAAACUGGUCCGGGAGUUUGUGGCUCAGAACAACUCCACUCAAAUCAGGCACGUAAUCCAGAUUCUGGCCUCGGAGUUUGCCCUCUCCCAGCAUCCCCACAGCCGCAAGGGGGGUCUCAUUGGGCUGGCAGCCUGCUCCAUCGCCCUCGGCAAGGAUUCGGGUCUGUAUCUGAAGGAGCUUAUUGAGCCUGUACUCACGUGUUUCAAUGACUCAGACAGUCGUUUGCGCUACUAUGCCUGUGAGGCCCUCUAUAAUAUAGUAAAGGUGGCAAGGGGAGCUGUGCUGCCCCACUUCAACCUGCUCUUUGAUGGUCUCAGCAAGCUUGCAGCAGAUCCAGAUCCCAAUGUGAAAAGUGGAUCUGAACUCCUGGACAGACUGCUGAAAGACAUAGUGACAGAAAGUAACAAGUUUGACCUAGUGGCGUUCGUCCCCCUGCUGAGAGAGAGAAUCUACUCCAAUAAUCAGUAUGCCAGGCAGUUCAUAAUUUCUUGGAUCCAUGUUCUGGAGUCUGUGCCGGACAUCAACCUGUUAGACUACCUCCCUGAAAUCCUGGAUGGGCUCUUCCAGAUCCUGGGAGACAACAGCAAGGAGAUCCGAAGGACCUGCGAGGUGGUGUUGGGAGAGUUUCUGAAGGAGAUCAAAAAGAUUCCCUCCAGCGUGAAAUUUGCUGAGAUGGCCAACAUCCUGGUCAUCCACUGCCAGGUUGCAGAUGAGACCAAACUCACGAACGACCUGAUCCAGCUGACGGCUAUGACCUGGAUGAGAGAGUUCAUCCAGCUUGCAGGCAGAGUGGUGCUCCCCUACUCCUCUGGCAUCCUAACUGCAGUGCUGCCUUGCCUUUCCUAUGACGACAGAAAGAAAAAUACCAAAGAGGCAGCCAGUGCCUGUAAUCACAGUCUGAUGAAGCUGGUGACGCCUGAGGAUGAUGAGGAUGAGGAGGAGGAGAAAAGUGGAAGUACAGGGUCGCCGUCCAAGGAAGAUGACCAAACCAAAAUGGAAGCAGAGAGAAUUGAUAUGCUGAAUGCAUCACAAGAAUCAGUUGGUUUAAGUAAUAUCAGCUUCUUUACUCCAGCAAGUGCCGACAGGCCUCAGGUAACUCUGGACCUGGACGGUAUUGUUCAGGUGUUGGACCGCCACCUCCACGACUCCUCCACUGGCAUGAUGACCCGCAUCGCCGUGCUCAAAUGGCUCUACCACCUCUAUAUCAAAACGCCGCGCAAAAUGUUCCGCCACACAGACAGCCUGUUUCCCAUGCUGCUGAAAACACUGUCGGAUGAGUCUGAUGAGGUGAUACUGAAAGAUCUGGAGGUGUUAGCUGAGAUAGCAUCGUCUCCUGCCGGCCAAACAGACCAAGCUGGCUCCUGCGACCACACUGACAACAAACUGGAGCUCAAGGUCCCAGAAGGCGUCAAACUGGGACAGCAGCAUAGCACAGGCCCCAAAGUAGUGGACUCAUCCCCCUCGACUCCCAGCAUGAACUCCUAUUUUUACAAGUUCAUGAUCAACCUGCUGAAACGCUUGAGUCUGGAGAGGAAGCUUCUGGAGAACAGAGGAGCUUUCAUCAUCAGGCAGCUGUGUUUGUUGCUUCACGCAGAGAACAUCUUCCACUCCAUGGCUGACAUCUUGUUGAAGGAGGAGGACCUCAAAUUUGCCUCCACUAUGGUUCAGACGCUCAACACCAUCCUGCUCACCUCUGCCGAGCUCUUCCAGUUACGCAACCAGCUGAAAGACCUGCGUACUCAGGAGAGCUGUGCUCUGUUCUGCUGCCUGUAUCGGUCCUGGUGCCACAACCCUGUGGCCACCGUGUCCCUCUGUUUCCUCACACAGAACUACAAACACGCUUAUGAUCUUAUCCAGAGGUUUGGAGAUCUAGAAGUGACAGUAGACUUCCUGAUGGAGGUGGACAAACUGGUACAGCUCAUUGAAAGCCCGAUUUUCACCUACCUGCGUCUGCAGCUCCUGGAUGUGGAGAAUAACCCUUACCUGAUAAAGGCUCUGUACGGUCUGCUGAUGCUGCUGCCGCAGAGCCAGGCCUUCCAGCUGCUCUCCCACCGCUUGCGGUGUGUCCCUAACCCAGAGCUCAUGAGGACUGUGGAUGAGUCCAAGAAUAUGGACUCUAAACAGCAAGUGGCCUCCAAACGUGCCUCUCACACGCAGAUGGAUUACAACGAGCUGCUCCAGCAUUUUGACCGUGUCCAGAGCAAGCACCUGGAGGUCCGACACCAGCGCUCUGGACGUGCCUCUGAUCACCCCGACAGGAAGCUGAUCUGACGUCAUUGCGCCAUAGCGACCUCUGGUCACUGAGAACAGCGAGAGGAGGGUGAAGAGAAAUAUUUUAGGGAACAAUAUAUAUAGUUGUACUGGAAAAGGUUAUUAAGAUGCUACUGAAGCCAAAAAGUAUUAAGUGAGUUUGAUGAAAAACUCUUAUCAGAGAAGCACUGGGUAUACAUUGUCAAGAAACAACUCUUUGUAAAUGUCUUUGCUAAUAUUGAGGGCAAAGUUAUGUCACAUAAGAAACAAAACAUUUUAAAUAGAAAACAGAUGUAAUACACUUCAGACUGUACUUAAUGUGAUCAUUUAGAGAAUGCACAUAAAAUUUCUUACAUCAUAACUGUUGGUGGUGUUAACAUGUUUAUAUCCUGAGCUUUAAUCAUGCCUCGUCAGCAGCUGAUAUUUUUUCCAGCUAAAUGAAAUCAUUGCAUAAUGAAGUAUUUCAAGUGAAACUGACAUGCAUAUCAGUGUUAAAUAUCACACUUCUGUCAUUUAAUCUGGUGUGUCCCCUCUGAGUAGUAUGACUACAGCAUGUGCUCAGGCUUGCCUUAAUCUCAUGUCAGCCAGAAAAGAAAUCUCACGUGUAGAGUAUUGACCCAGCUCAAGUGAGAUCUUAAACUGUGGAAAGCUGCAGGUGAUUGAGCUCUAAAUUCUGGGUAGGCCCAUGUUGUUAUACUUCUUGCCAUUUCUUUGUUAGUGCCGCUGAUCAGAAACUUUACCUUACAAACCUCCAAGCUAUUAAUUCAAUUUCUUUCUUAGAUAUUCUUCAGCCAAUAUGUAUUCCUCUCUGUUUGUAUAGUGUUUGUCUUGCAUUCAAGAUUUGAGCUUUUGUCACUCCUGUGUGUAAAUCAAUAAAGUGGACCAUGUGAUUGAAGACAUACUUUUUCCAUAUCCAUAUAUUAACACAAAACCUAUUUAAUUGGAAAUACUGGUUAAGCGCGUGAAGAGAGGAGGAGAAGAAAGCAGCAAACACGAGUGCUACUACUAAUGACCUUUUUCUUGUCUGUGUUACUUCCUGCAUAAUCUGCAGCCUUUGGAAAAUGAUCUAAUCAGUAUUUUGCUCUCAAUUUAUUACCAUAAUUUGAUUAUUACACAUCAAGCUUCAAAUGCAGUCUAUUCAGUCAAUUAUACUUUGUGUUUAAUCAUGUAAAUGCAGUCUGCUAACUUUUUGUAAAGGUUUCUGCUGUGAUUAUGAGAAUGUUAUACAGACUACACUCUAUUGAAGCGAAUAAAUAAUUGCAUUUAA